GCCACGCCCAUUUAGGGGUGGGUCUUGUAUAAAAUUGAAGAUACUUCUCUUCUCUUCAAUGACUAGACUGCACUGUAGCUCUGCUGCUCAUGGAUAUCCACUGGAUACUCUACAGUUGUAUAGUACCUGUCACAGUGCAGGGAGUGCAGAUCUCCCUACCAUUGGUGGGCAUAUCAGUUCUGCUCAGACUAUGUGUGCUGUGGGGUAGACUCAGCUCUGGAGUCAUCAACACACUAGCUGCCCUCCUGGGAGUGGGAGCACUGUGGAUGUUCUAUCAAACUGGAGUGCUGUACUUUGCUGUGCUGUGUCUGCUGGUGUAUGUAUUACUGCAAACACUGACUAAACACAAGGGGGCAAUCGUUGCAAUUGUCUGCGUCUCUUUUCUGAUAAUCUGUGAGGGGUACAUAGAGCAGGCUGAGGUAUGGCACAGGGUCAGAGGUUCAUUCCUUGUACUCGUGAUGAAGGUGAUCUCUUUGUCCUUUGACCUCGACGUCACCACUAACAAGAGGGGAGAGAGGAUUCCCCCAACCAUCGCAGCUGUCCCUAGCUUCGACAGCUUUGUCGCCUACUGUUUCUUCCCCGGCACUUUAGUAUUUGGACCAUUUGUGACUUACACUGAGCACUCCAAAUUCCUAACCAAAUCUCCAUUGAGUGCCCCCUGGCUGUACAGCGUGCUGAGGAGCUGGCUCUUAUGUCUCCUCUGUCUGGCAAUGUCCUCCUGUGUCUUCUCAUUCCUCUUCCCUGAGCCAGCAUGGAACAAGUGGCUUGCAGCGUACUCUGCAGCUGCCUCAUUCCGAUUCAGCCACUAUUUUGUUAGCUUCCUGUCUGAGUCCACCGUCCUUGCUGCUGGCAUUGGUUACCAGACUAGCACAACAAGUACACAUCGAUCCUCCACUUCUUACUCAUGGUCAGAUUUUGCUGUAGUGCGACCAUUGUUCAUUGAGCUGCCCAGAUCUCUGGGUACCGUGGUAACCAACUGGAACCUCCCCAUGCACCUCUUCCUCAAGUCAUAUGUCUUCAAGCCCUCCAUCUCAUAUCUGGGAAAGUUUGGAGCUAUACUAUGCACUUACAUAGCGAGUGCUGUGCUACAUGGCCUAAAUUUUCAACUUGCGGCGGUUUUGCUAUCUAUUGGAGUGUACGCUUACAUUGAAAAUGUGUUGAGGUACAGGCUGAGUGUGCAUCUGAAUGCCUGUGUUAUGGACAGGCCUUGCCCUAUCAACUGUAGCCAUCAGCACAAAAAGGGGUCCCCUUUGGCGUGGAUUGUCAACAUUUUCUUCACUCUCCUGGCCAUGUUUCACCUGGCCUAUCUCGGGCUUAUGUUCGGAGCUCAAUCACACAGCGAGUCAGAGCUACAGGCAAAGGGUUUCUCCAUGUUCCACACUCUGCGUAAGUGGUCCCACCUUAACUUCCUGAGUCACUGGGUGGCACUCGUCUCCUACUUCAUCUACCUACUACUAUAAUCCUCCUCCCUCCCCUGAACAAGCAAUCAUUCCCUAAUCAGUGUACAUGAUUCAAUAUCAAUUUAAUUUGGCAAUAAUUUUGUGACAUCAAUUUUAAUAUAGAAAUAACAAUUAUUAUGAUUCAUUUUCUAUGAGUGUUUGAGAUUGUUUAUCUUUGCAAUGAGAAAUGUUCAAACGA